AUGACCUGUACAAAAGAGGAGGAAGAUCAGUUCCUUUUAUUUCAAAGGGAAAGAGAGGAGAAAAUGAUCAUUGAGAAAGUAAGGGAAAAAGGAGUUGCAGAAGGACAGCAAGAAGAGAUCUCACAGAAAAGAACAGGAUUUGGGUUUGAAAAGCAGAGAACAGUACUGGGAGAUUUAUAUCCUGAGAGCAAUAUGUUUAUUGGGAAGGUUAUGGAGAAAAAGCAGGAGACAAAGAAGGCGCAGGUAAAAAAAAGAACACCAGAGAAGGAAAGAGAAGAGGAGGAAAAGAAGAGGAGGAAGGAAGAGAAAGGAAAAGAGGUGGAGAAGGAGAAUCAGAAAGGAAAAGAGGAGACGGAGAAGGAGAAUAAGAAGGAGUCCGUACAGAAGCAAAAGGAUGUCCUUUCAAUUCUGUUGAAGGAGAUGGAGACUUCCUCGGUGGGAAGUCUAGAAGGAGUAUCUCUUUGCGAUUUGGGAGAAGAUGAUUUUUUAGAGGACAUUGAGGGAUUGACUUCGGCAGUGGAGCCCAUUUCUCCUCUGCCAGCUGAUCCCUGUAUGACCAUCCCUGAUAUUGACAUCCCUGCUAUUGACCUCCCUUCAUCAGAACCACCCCUCAGCUCUACUAGUUUAUGCCUCCCUUUAUCUACACAACCUUGCCCAACAUAUUCGCCAACCCAGGAACCCCUCUCCCCAUCUGAUUUAAGACAAGCUGCUGCAACCUACACCCCUACCCCAGUAAAGAAACUUAAAUUGGAACAGAUACAGAAAAGCCAACAGUCCCUGUUUUUUUAUCAAUAUUGGUGGAACCAGGUUUGA